GUGAUCCUUCAUGUGCCUGCAGCGGCCCACAGGACACAGAAGACGGUGAAGGGCUGAGUCCCCUGAGGCCAUGUGGAUGAGUCUACGCACCUCUCCAUAGGCAGAACCCAUUCCCAGUGCUCAGUACGACAUGUCCGGGGCCAGAGCUGCCCUCCUCCUGGCUGUGACCCAAGGCCGGCCGGGAGCCGCGCGUGAUGUGGAGGCUCUAGGGGGCCUGUGUCGGACCCUGGGCUUCCAGACCACCUUGAGGAUAGACCCCACGGUCCAGGCCUUUUGGGAGGAGCUAGCCCGGUUCCAGGAGCAGCUGGACUCCCACCAGGGCCCUGUGAGUUGUGUGCUUAUGGCCCUGAUGGCCCAUGGUGGGCCACGGGGGCAGCUGCUGGGGGCUGAUGAGCAGGAGGUACAGCCAGAGGCGCUAGUGCAGGAGCUGUGCUGCUGCCCGACGCUGCGGAGCUGUCCCAAGAUCAUCCUGGUUCAGGCGUGCCGUGGGGGGAACAGGGAUGCUGGCAGGAGUUUGAGGGCUCUGCCCUGGUACCGGCGCUGGCUGUGGGCACCCCCCGCCCUCCCCUCCCAUGCAGAUGUUCUCCAGGUCCAUGCUGAUGCUCAAGGCGGCUGUCUCAGGGGUCCCACUUCAGGGAGCUGCAGCCAAGCAGACGUGCUGAUGGUCUACGCAGCCUCUGAGGGCUGUGUGGCCUAUCGGGAUGAGAAGGGCUCUGACUUCAUCCAGACGCUGGUGGAUGUCCUCAGGGCGGACCCCAGGAGAGACCUCCUGGAACUGCUGACUGAGGUGAACAGGCGCGUGUGUGAGCUGGACGUGCUGGGGCCCGACAGCGACGAGCCGCGCAAGGCCUGCCUGGAGAUCCGGAGCUCGCUGCGGGGCCGGCUCUGCCUGCGGGGCUGA